AUGACGCUCGGCAAGCGAGCAAGAGAGCGAAUCGGGGAGAACCGGAGCCCCGGGAGGACCGAAGGUGGAGCCCCGGGACCGAGGACUAAGCAAGUGUCUGUGUUUGGGCGUGGUGUCCAGAGCCUCACCUGCAUCGGCAGCAGCGCAUUCUCCUGCUGCGACUCCCUCACCUCCGUCACCCUCCCCGCCGGCCUCCUCUCCAUCGAAGAUGGCGCCUUCCACCGCUGCUCCUCCCUCACCAACGUCACCGUGCCAACCACCGCCGAGAUCGGUGACAAGGCCUUCGAACCCACGACCACCGUCGUGAUGAGCGACCCGGUGAUGGCGGCGGACGGCCAUUCCUACGAGCGGAAGCAGAUCGAGCGCUGGCUCGCGACCAAGUCGACGAGCCCCCGAUGA